AUGAGAUCCUGUUCUCCCUCUAUGAGAGGGCUGACAGUCUGUUCAGUGGUCUUGUCAAUUUCCCUAGCGUCAGCCAAACCUCUCUCAUUCCGAUCUCGCAACGACACCACAACCGCUGUAAAAAAAAUCAGCUGGGCACCAUGCAAUUUCAACGUUUCAGGCGACCCUCUUGCAGACCAAAUCGACUGCGGGAGUCUGGUUGUACCGCUCGAUUACACCGACCCAACCUCCAAUGAGACCCUCACGUUGUCUCUGCUGAGAAGCAAAGCCGUCUCCCCUAGCGCCACGGGAAACAAGAAGAGCAUGCUCUUCAACUUUGGCGGGCCAGGCUACCCGGCAAGAACUACCCUGGCAGAAAAUGCCGUUACUCUGCACAACAUGACUGGCGGAGAAUAUGACCUCGUCGCCUUUGAUCCACGCGGCACGGCCGACACUAUCACCUUCAGAUGCUAUGCCAACCAGACCGAGCGCCUCGCAGCAACCGCUUCCCUCCCCAUCCUCGACCUCACCCCCGGCGCCAGCGCCCCCAACGCCUUCGCCGAAAACUACGCCAACGCCGUCGCCCUCUCCCAACGUUGCGCCGCCUACAACCUCGACCCAGCCCUCCAAAAGAACGCCAACGUUCUCACCACCGGAAUGGUAGCCCGCGAUCUAAUGGCUGUAGUCGACUCCCUCCACACCUUCGAAGAAGAAGACGGUCUCCUCCACUACUGGGGCAUCUCCUACGGCUCCCUCCUCGGCGCCACCGUCGCCGCACUCUUCCCAGACAGAAUGGAACGCCUCAUCCUCGACGGAAUAGUCAACGCAGAGAAUUACUACCACCACUUCGGCAUCGACAUCGACCAACUCCUCUCUUCCGACGACGCCUUCCAGGGUGUGCUCUCCGACUGCCUCAAAAUUGGCACCUCCCGCUGUGCCCUAGCCGACAUCAACUCCACCGCUCCCGAGCUAGAAGCCACGCUCCUCGCCAUGGUCGACCGCUACCAAUCCAACCCCGUCGCCGCGGCCGGCAAGGUAAUCAACGGGAAAUUCGUCAAAGAAAUCCUCAUAGUCAUCAUCAAAUACCCCACUGGCAUCGUCCCCCUAGCCACAGUCUACAUCCGCUCCCUCCUCGAAGGCAAAAACCUCGACGGGGUGGUGGCCUUCCACACGGCGCUCUACAACGCCGUCAGCAUGGGUGACAAUGACGCCUUGACGGGAAUAGCCUGCUCAGACAAGGUCAUCCGCGCCACUGGGCCCACGGAUCAGAAGUUGAUAGAUGACACAAAUCACAUGUUCAAUUCGACAAAGAUAUUUGGCGGGUUGCUAGCCGGGAUCGCCAGCCAGUGCGCCGAGUGGCCUCAUGAGGGGAGGGGGAAGUACACGGAGCACUGGUUUGAUGAGGAAGGACGGCCAAGGGUGAUUAAGACGAGGAAGCCGAUUUUGUUUGUCGGGAAUCGGUAUGAUCCUGUGACGCCGGUCAAGUCGGCGGUGGCCAUGUCAAGCGUUUUUGAGGGGAGCCGGGUGUUGGAACGGGAUGCGUUUGGGCAUGCGUCGAUCGCGCAGUGGUCGGAUUGCACGGCCGAGGUGUUUAGGGGGUAUUUUGGGGAGGAGAUGGUUCUGCCUGAGGACAAGAAGGUUUGUGAGGUUGAUGUUGGGGUGUUUGACGUUGGGGUGUUUCCUGGGUAAAGCUUCAGUACGUAGGUACCUAGCUCCACCAUACAUGAAAGCCUUGAAGGGCUCCUCUUCAAGCCCCGAGUCCCCUCGCUGGUCUUGUCAAAUGUCGAGAGAUUGUCCAACCAUGCUGAUCGCCGUCUCAUCGGCAAGACAGUACACGCCAAGCAACCACGUGGUUGAGAGACUUUGCUAUUUUGAUAGAAGUUGAAGAGACAC